AUGGCCGACCACCCCACCCUGACAGCAGCCCAACAAUCCGUCCACAACACGCUCGCCAAAUACCCCGGCGAGAAAUACGUCGACGGCUGGGCCGAAAUCUGGAACGCAAACCCCACUCCUCCCUGGGACAAGGGCACCCCGAAUCCAGCUUUAGAAGAUACCCUGACGCAGCGUCAAGGUACAAUUGGCAAUGCCAUCGCCACGGACGCGCAGGGGAAGAAGUACCGCAAGAAAGCGCUAGUCCCGGGCUGUGGAAGGGGAGUGGAUGUGCUUCUGUUGGCGAGUUUCGGGUAUGAUGCGUAUGGGUUGGAGUAUAGUGCUACGGCGGUUGAGGCGUGUAGGCGGGAGGAGGAGGAGAGUACUACUAGUGCUAAGUAUCCCGUGAGAGAUGAGGAGGUUGGUAGGGGAAAGGUGGUGUUCGUGCAGGGAGACUUCUUCAAGGAUGAUUGGUUGGAGGGGUUGGGACUGGGGUUGAAUUCUUUUGAUUUGAUUUAUGAUUAUACGUUCUUUUGCGCGUUGAGCCCGUCCAUGCGACCUGACUGGGCGCUCCGGCAUACUCAGCUAUUAGCCCCUUCGCCACAUGGGAACUUGAUCUGCUUGGAAUACCCAAGGCACAAGGACCCAUCGCUCCCGGGCCCUCCGUUUGGUCUUUCCUCGGAGGCUUACAUGGAGCAUCUCAGCCACCCGGGAGAGAAGGUCUCUUAUGAUGCCCAGGGUCGAUGCAGAGGAGACCCUCUCCGUGAGCCAAGUGAGCGAGGACUGGAACGUGUGGCUUAUUGGCAGCCUGCCCGAACACAUGAGGUGGGCAAGGAUGUCAAUGGGGAGGUUCAAGACCGUGUAUCGAUCUGGCGCCGCCGGUAA